AUGAAUAUUAGUAACAGCAGAAAACUUAUCAGUAUUUUUCCGAAGUAAAGAAAAGUCAAUAGGCCAGAAAAGCAACUCUCUUAAAAGAAAAAUUGCGCAUAAAGUUUCAAAUCUCGAGUAAAGUCUAUUGAUAUUUAUGGAAAAAAGAUCAAUCUAUCUUAUAAAGGCGAUGAUUCAUUCAAGACGUUACCAGGCGCUUUUUCAUCGUUGAUAGUCAUCUUUAUUCUGCUGGCAUAUUUUGCAUUUAGAAGUUAUGUUCUGCUUUCAAAGAGUAAUCCAUAUUUAAGUAAACCUACAUUCUUGAGGCAUUUAUUAUCAGAAGGAGAAUUCAAAGCAAUGGAUUAUGGAUUUGAUAUUGCUUUCGGAAUUAAUUAAGAACUUGAUCCAAGCAUAGGACAUUAUUAAGUAAACUAAGUUCGAUAUUACUAUAUUGACAAAUAUGACGCGAAUGGAAAUUAGAUUAGAAUAAAGGAUAGAAUCCCACUUGAAGUCUAACGAUGCGGAUAAGAACAUUUUAACUAUGAAAACUAGAGAGAAAUUCUAAUGUAUAAUAUAGAUGACUAUCAGUGCAUAGUAAGAAAAAAUAUCAGCUUGGAGGGAAACUUCUAUUCCUCAAAGUUUAGUUACAUUGAAAUUAAAUUACAAAAAUGUCAAAAUUCAUUGAACUCAAAAAUCGUUUGUAAAAACCAAUCAUAAAUAGAUGAUUUCUUUGAGCGGGAGAAAUUUAAUGUGGCUUUAGUGAACUCAAUAAUAGAUUUUAAUGAUUAUGAUCAAACAAAGAAAUCAUUUAUUGAUGAUUCAAUAUUCUGGGAUAUAGAAUCUGAUAAGUAUAAGAAGUCUAACAUGUACAUUCAGAAGUAAGAAGCAAAUCUCUAAGAUGAUUUCUUGUAGUUAGGUCAAUUUGAGGCAUUUUCUUUUUCUUAAGUUUCAAAUAUUAGAGAGUAUGAUGAUUAGUAUUCAGCUUUAGAAGGAACUCUGAUUGCCCUCUAUCUUAGAUUCGAUUACAGAUAUGAUGUCUAUAACUGA